AUGCUUCAUUUUCAUUGAAUCUUGGUAUCUACCUCUGAGUCACUGACUGUACAUUAAGUGGAAUGACUACACAUGACAUCAAACUUUGGUGUGCAGUACUGCAUCUGUAACAGUGAAGGAAAGGAAAAGAAUGCAAUGACUCAACUCUAGAUACUAGAUAGUGAGUGAGUGAAGCUAAAGCUACAAAAAACAACCAAACAAAACACUCAAUUCUCUUCUCUUCUCUUCUGGGUUUUUGCUUUUUCCUCAUUCUCUCAUUCUCAAACACCACAAAAAAAUGGGCCUUGUUUCCCAGGAUGCCCUCAACCAACUCCAAGCUCUCAUGGAUCAAGUGCUACUUGAGGAGGAGCCACUGCAGAGAACGUUUCAGAAUGUUCAUCAAGGAUGUGUCACCGAAACCUUAACACGGUUUCUAAAAGCAAGGGAGUGGAAUGCUACCAAGGCCCAUAAAAUGAUAGUCGAUUGUUUGAAGUGGAGAGUGCAAAAUGAGAUUGACAACAUAUUAUCUAAACCAAUAAUCCCUACUGAUUUAUACAGAGGCAUUCGCGAUUCACAACUUAUAGGAUUGUCAGGGUACUCCAGAGAGGGUCUGCCAGUCUUUGCAAUUGGUGUUGGGCUUAGCACGUUUGACAAAGCAUCUGUCCAUUAUUAUGUGCAGUCUCACAUUCAAAUUAAUGAAUAUCGUGAUCGUGUAAUCUUGCCUUCGGCAUCAAAGAAGCAUGAGCGGCCUAUUACCACAUGUGUAAAGAUUUUGGAUAUGACGGGUCUGAAGUUGUCGGCCCUGAAUCAGAUAAAGUUGUUAACAAUAAUAUCAUCCAUUGAUGAUCUGAACUACCCUGAGAAAACAAAUACUUAUUACAUUGUAAAUGCCCCAUACAUAUUUUCAGCUUGUUGGAAGGUUGUGAAGCCACUUUUACAAGAGAGGACAAGAAGAAAAGUGCAAGUCUUGCAAGGUUGUGGGCGAGAUGAGCUGUUGAAGAUCAUGGAUUACGCGUCUCUGCCGCAUUUCUGUAGAAGAGAAGGCUCUGGAUCAUCAAGACAUUCAGGGAAUGGAAAUGAAAAUUGUUAUUCCUUGGAUCAUCCUUUCCAUCAGCAGCUCUACAACUACAUCAAGGAGAAAUCCAGAAUCCAUGAAGCUGUUGAACCCAUCAAGCAGGGAUCAUUCCAUGUAGAUUUUCCCGAACCUCCUGCAGAGAAAGCAGAGAUUGUCAAGACAUUAGAGUCUGAGCUACACAAGUUUAAGAUCAGCAAUGUGAAUGGUGAUUGAAGAUUGAUACUGUUGCCAAUGGUGUCUUGGCCAUGUUGGUCUUUUACCUCUCCUACUAACCAUUUGAACCAAACUAAUGUUGUAACAAUGGUUCUUCCUCCACACUAUUACAAUUUACGAGGAUUCCGCAGUACUAGUUAGGGAGUAGUCAAAAUAAAGCGGAUCCUAGCUUUGCAUUAUGCCAUAAUGCAAAGUGAGAAAUGUCAACUAUGAUGAUAAUUACCAUCAUGUUUCUUCUAAGCUUGAUAUUUGCACAUAUAUAUUUUUUUUAUCUUCA